AUGGCUCCAGCCGCCACCGACUCGCCAUCCCAGGCGGACACGCCUAUGACCGAUGCAAAUGAUGACGCUAUUCCCUCGGUCCCCGUGGACGCGCUCACGAGUCAACAAGACACUCCUGACUACACCGACUCCGAUACCAACCCUAAUACUACGGCGAGCAGCGUUGCAGGUGACACCACAGAGGAUGGACGUCGACGCCGGUCAGAAGCUACCCAACUCCGAAAGAGUAUUUUGGGCAAGAAACACGGUCGUCUGGAUGAGUCAAAGGAAGAUGACUCCAUUCGCCGAUUUCGAUACUUACUUGGCCUCACCGAUCUGUUCCGUCAUUUCAUCGAAACCAACCCGAACCCGCGCAUCCAGGAGAUCAUGGCCGAGAUUGACCGACAGAACGCGGAGAGUGAGGCAAAGGCUCGCAAGGGGUCCGCACGCACUGGUGGUGCCGGCGGUGACAGACGCCGUCGAACCGAGCAAGAGGAGGACGCCGAACUCCUCCAGGACGAACGCAGUGGCGGCGAAACCACCACAGUGUUCCGGGAAUCACCUGCUUUCAUCCACGGUGAACUCCGUGACUACCAAAUUGCCGGUCUCAACUGGCUUGUCUCCCUUCAUGAGAAUGGUAUCUCCGGUAUUCUGGCCGACGAGAUGGGUCUUGGAAAAACUCUACAGACUAUUUCGUUCCUUGGUUACCUGCGCUAUGUUUGCAGCAUCUCUGGACCACAUCUAGUCGCCGUGCCCAAGUCGACUCUGGACAACUGGAAACGAGAGUUUGCCAGAUGGACGCCCGAUAUUGAUGUGCUGGUUCUCCAGGGUGACAAGGACGAGAGACAGCGCCUGAUCACCGAGCGCCUGGCCGACGAGAACUUCGACGUUUGCAUCACCAGCUACGAAAUGAUCCUCCGAGAGAAGUCCGCACUGAAGAAGUUGCCAUGGGAGUAUAUCAUAAUCGAUGAGGCUCACCGUAUCAAAAACGAGGAAUCUUCCUUGUCCCAGAUCAUCCGUCUCUUCAACUCCCGCAAUCGUCUUCUCAUUACGGGUACUCCUUUGCAAAAUAACCUGCAUGAAUUGUGGGCUCUGCUCAACUUCUUGCUGCCAGAUGUCUUUGGUGACUCGGAGGCAUUUGAUCAGUGGUUCUCAACUCAGGAUUCGGAUCAAGACACCGUUGUGCAACAGCUUCACCGUGUCCUUCGUCCAUUCCUCCUGCGACGUGUGAAGAGUGAUGUGGAGAAGAGCCUUCUGCCUAAGAAAGAGCUGAACCUUUACGUGCCCAUGUCCGAGAUGCAGAGGAAAUGGUACCAGAAGAUCUUGGAGAAGGAUAUCGAUGCCGUCAACGGCGCAGCAGGCAAGCGCGAAUCUAAGACUCGUCUGCUCAACAUUGUGAUGCAACUCCGGAAAUGCUGUAAUCACCCUUAUCUCUUCGAAGGAGCCGAACCUGGCCCUCCAUACACGACAGAUGAGCAUCUUGUGUACAACUCCGGGAAGAUGAAUAUCCUUGACAAGUUGCUCAAGCGCAUGCGGGCCGAUGGUAGCCGAGUCCUCAUUUUCUCACAGAUGAGUCGUGUUCUGGAUAUCCUGGAAGAUUACUGUGUUUUCCGGGACUACAACUAUUGCCGUAUCGACGGCACCACGGCCCAUGAGGAUCGUAUUGCUGCUAUCGAUGACUACAACAAGCCAGGCUCAGACAAGUUCGUCUUUCUGCUGACUACUCGUGCGGGUGGUCUGGGUAUCAACCUUACAACUGCCGACAUUGUCGUUCUUUUCGAUAGCGACUGGAACCCCCAGGCCGAUCUCCAGGCCAUGGACCGUGCUCACCGCAUUGGACAGACCAAACAAGUCAAGGUGUUCCGUUUUGUUACGGAAAACGCUAUUGAAGAGAAGGUUCUCGAGCGUGCGGCCCAAAAAUUGCGCUUGGAUCAGCUUGUCAUCCAACAAGGUCGCGCUCAGCAACAAUCGAAGAAUGCCGCUUCAAAGGAUGAGCUUCUCGGUAUGAUCCAGCACGGUGCUGCGAACGUAUUCAGCGAAAGGGGCACCGGUGAUCCCUCUGGCAAGAUGGAUGAUAUUUCUGAAGACGAUAUCGAGGCUAUUUUGGCCAAGGGUGAAGAGCGAACGGCAAAAUUGAACCAAAAAUACGAAAAGCUCGGCAUCGAUGAUCUUCAAAAAUUCAGCUCCGAAAGCGCGUACGAGUGGAACGGACAGAAUUUUACCGAGCGCAAGAAGGACAUUGGUAUGACUUGGAUCAACCCGGCCAAGCGAGAGCGCAAGGAGCAGUUCUACUCUAUCGACAAGUAUUACCGCCAGGCUCUAGCAACGGGUGGCCGGACUGCUGAUACAAAGCCCAAGGCUCCGCGAGCCCCGAAGCAAGUCAGCGUGCACGAUUGGCAAUUUUUCCCUCCCGGACUGCAGGAGCUGCAGGAGAAAGAGACCGCUAACUUCCACAAGGAGAUUGGCUACAAGGCUCAGCUUCCGGAUGGCCCAGAGGAAGAACUGAGUGAACGCGAGGCGGAGCGAGACCUGGAGCAACAGGAAAUUGACAAUGCCCAGCCGUUGACUGAGGAAGAACAGGCUGAAAAGGCACGCAUGUCCGAAGAAGGUUUCUCGCAUUGGAACCGUCGUGAUUUCCAACAGUUUGUCAACGGCUCGGCCAAGUUCGGACGCACCGACUACGUCGGAAUUGCGACAGAGAUCGAUAGCAAGGAACCCGAUGAGAUUGAAGAGUAUGCUCAAGUUUUUUGGGAGCGGUACACCGAAAUCCAGGACUACCCCAAGUAUCUCCGCGUGAUCGACCAGGGAGAGGAAAAGCUGCGCAAGAUGAACCACCAGCGCAAGAUGCUUCGUAAGAAGAUGGAGAUGUACCGUGUGCCCUUGCAGCAGCUUAAGAUCAAUUACACGGUGUCGACUACCAACAAAAAGGUUUACACUGAAGAAGAGGAUCGGUUCCUUCUGGUUAUGCUCGACAAGUACGGUGUCGAGGGUGACGGUCUCUACGAGAAAAUCCGAGACGAAGUUCGUGACUCACCUCUUUUCCGCUUUGACUGGUUCUUCCUCAGCCGCACACCAGUCGAGAUCGGUCGACGCUGCACCACCCUCCUCAACACCGUGGCGAGGGAGUUUGAGCCUGAGGGCAAGGUCAAUGGAGAGGGGAAGUCCCGUGGUCGAGACCGAGAGGAAGACGAUGAGAACGAUGACGUAGCCCCGCCUGCAAAGAAGCGUGCUAAGAAUGGCACUACUACCAAGCAGGCCAAGCUUCCCAAGGCUGGCAGCAAAACAGCCUCAGCCUCCACCUCACGGGCGCCCAGUGUCUCGAACGCGCCCAAGUCCAAGCGUGGAAAGAAAUAA